CAAUAAAGCAAUAGAGUUUUAGCAUGUGAGAUUUUUGUCACGUAUAAUGAAAGAUCGCGUUUUGUGUAGACACUUACACGUUUCUGAUUGCUUUCGAUCCACCAUUUGCCCGGUAAAUGCUUCAGUAUACCGGCUUUUGUUGCAACAAUGUGUUCGCUUUCUUGUCGUAAACCUGGGCCGAGUGUAAUAUCUGACUCUGUAGCCUCUUCAAUGAUGUCGCCUGGUAUUACUACUCGUGGUGAUUGUUCAUCGAUCUCCAUUAUUUUGUAUGUGUAUGAUGUGUCUGUGCUAAAACAAAAGGAAGAAAUGCCUAAAAUUUUAUUUGGUCAACUCCGAGAAAAAACCGGAAGGUUGUUCUCUUUUUUUUUUUUGGUUCCAAGACUAUUCCGCAUAAUACACGCGUGGGCCCCACCAUGAACGAACACCCACCAUGUCAAGCAUAUCCACCUGUUCCCAACUGGUAUACAUCGCAUUGUGCUGCUGUCUCUGAUCCUCAUUACUACGUUUAUGCCACACGCAACAUGAUUGUCGUUCUCGAUCUAUCUGCUUUUCGUUUUAUUCGAGCGUUUAUUGCGUCCCAGGACAAGAUCCAGGCGAUCGCAGCCCACAAGCAGUUUUGUUUUGUCGGCAGCACAAACGGUACAAUCCGUUCUUGGAGUCUGUUAAAUGGAUCUCUGCUCAUCACUUACCACGGACACUCGGCAGAAGUAACCGUAAUCAAAUGCAUUCGAGACGGAAUGGUUAUCGUUUCAGGUGACAAGUCGGGCAAAAUCAUCGUGCAGGAAACUUUCCAGAAGGAUAAGCAGGUGAUCAGCAAAGUCAAUUCGGAAGUACGGUCCUUAGCUCCGCUUCAUCAUGCCGGCAACGAUUAUCUCGCAGUGGGGUACGCCAAUGGCAUGAUCCAUGUAGAGAAAAUUGGAACAGAUUUGACCGCCGAAACCAUGUAUCAACUUAGCCAUUCAGAUGGCGAUGGUAUCCAUUCAUUAUCGUGGCAGCCACCCUCGCCCGCUUUUCCGGAUAUCUUUCCAUUACUCGCUUCGAGCACUCGGAAACUAAAGAAUGCCAUUAUAUGGAACGUAACCGAGGAAGCACGCUAUACUGAGUUGAAGUUACCUGUGCCGUCACCACAUUGGACGGAUCAGCAGCGCAACACCAUUUGGUUCGAAUUGGCCUGGUCUCCAGCACAAGAGGACGAAAUCUAUGUGACGUCGUAUAUGGGUAUGGUUGUCCAAUAUAAACUCCAUGGGCGCAAAGUGGUAGAAAUAGGACGAUUUCGCGAUCUACAUUCACGUAUCGCUUUCAGUUUUACUUGGGUCCAAAAUGGUCGAUACGCAGUUACAUAUUCUAUCGACAAAUCAUAUUAUGGGAUGUCAAGCAGAGGGAUGCAGUUUGUCGUAUGCUGACCCACGCUGGAUAUAUAUACAGCUUGGAUAUUCCGACGUGGAACCCUGGUCAAGCAGCUGUUGGACUCGGUGAUAGCAACAUCAAAAUUUGGAACUUUAUGGACAAUUCUGGUUUAAGUGGCCAACGGCACAAUUUCUAUGAGUCUCGUAUAUUGUGGAAAGGAUUGCAAGGACAAAUAUUA